AUGUGGCAAUGGUUCUCAUACGAGGAUUUUGUUCCCUCGCUGCAGAAACUCCAUCCAGGAGACCUGAAAGCUUCUGUGGAAUCAUACUUAAACAGAUUGCUUGAUCCCAUCCGCAAGAAGUUUGAGAACCCAGAACUGAAGAAGUUGGCCGAGAGGGCUUACCCACCGACUAAUAAGAAGGGGAAAUUGGUAUCCGAAGCGCCCAUCUCUCCUGCAAGAUUAGACAUUCGAGUUGGAAAAAUAAUAGAAAUAGAAAAGCACCCAGACGCAGACAGCUUGUAUGUGUCAAAGGUGGACCUGGGGGAUGCUUCUGGCCCUCGGACAGUGGUGAGUGGCCUUGCCAAGACAGUCCCCAGAGAAGAACUGGAUGGCCGGACAGUGAUUGCACUCUGCAACCUGAAGCCUGCCAAAAUGAGAGGGGUGGAGUCGCAAGCUAUGAUCCUGUGUGCCUCCAGGGAGGAGCCACAAAAAGUUGAACCUCUCAGUCCACCAGAAGGAUCUAAGCCUGGAGAUAGGGUCUUUGUGGAAGGGUAUGAAGAUUCUCAACCAGAUGAGCAGCUCAACCCAAAGAAGAAGGUUUGGGAAACACUACAGGCUGACCUCCGUACAUCCGACAAGUGUGUGGCACAAUGGCAGGGUAACAACCUGGUGGUGUCAUCUGGGCAGACAGUGACGUGCCAGUCUCUAAAAGGUGUUCCCGUCAAAUAGAACUGAAAUCGUCUUCGGGACAACAACUUGUGAUAAAAAUGCCACUUUUAGUAUUCUAAAUAAGCAACUGCUCAUUUCUCAGAAGUGUCCUUCUCACAGAAUGGAUGGGCCCUAUUUAUUUUUUGUGAGCUCUGUGUUUAAUUUAAUGGACUGUACAUUCCCCUCUGUAAAUGCUCGAUUAAAAGAACCACCUGCGA